CCACCGCAUCUCACUGCCUCUACCACCGCCGUCCUCUUUCUCCGACUUCGAUUCUCUCUUAUCGCCACCACAAUCGUUUGCAAAAACACCCACGACAAGAGCAAGCAAGCUCAAUCAAAUGCGCUCAAAGCGGCACGUGAAACUACACGCAUCAAUCAUAUACAGUCCUCUCCUCUUUCCUCACUCCUUAAUUCCCAUAUUCUCUCUCCUAAUCAAGCCAUAGGUUUGGUUGCUUCAGCUCAAGCCAACUUCAUGCGCGUCAUCGUACAAUCGACUCCUCCAGAACCAAAAAAAACUUCUAGAACCUCCGAGAAGAAGGAUGUGAACGUUCUAAAGGGUUCUGGAAGUGGUGCUGGAAUUGAGUUUAUGAGCUUAGCUACGGUUGAAGAUGAACAAUUUGAGUUACUUUUGGCAAGACAUUUUAAGUUCAAUUAUAAGGUAAUUUUAGUUCGGGACAUUUCAGAUAUCGGGUCUGUUCGGGUAUCGGAUUUGUUCGGGUCAAACACUUCGGGUUUCGGUUCAGGUCAGUUCGGGUGUCGGGUCAGGAUCGGGUCAACUCCAUUUUCGGGUCGGGUUAGGUCAUUUUCGAGUCAUCGGGUCUGGGUCAGGAUUGCGAGGUCUAGUGUGGUGAGAGCCGUGUUGAAGAAGAUUAAACGGAGGGUUUUGGUUGGGGAUAGGGUUUUAGUGGGGUCCAUUGAUUGGGUGAAUCGGCGAGGUAUGAUUGAGAAUGUGUUUCCUCGUGAAUCGGAGAUUCCUGACCCUCCGAUUGCGAAUGCUGAUCAUUUCCUGGUGGUGUUUUCGUUGGAUCAACCUAAGGUUGAGCCGUAUUCUUUGACUAGGUUUUUGGUUGAGACCGAGUCUACUGGAUUCCCUCUUACUUUGGCUUUGAACAAAUGUGAGCUCGUUCGCGAUGAGGUUCUGAUUGAGUGGAAAACCAGGCUUCGUCAGUGGGGAUAUGCACCCAUAUUUUGCAGCGUCGAGUCAAAGCGUGGACUUGAUUCCCUUGCAUUCUACUUGAGAGAUAGGACAACAGUUAUUGUGGGUCCAAGUGGUGUUGGGAAGUCUAGUCUGAUUAAUGCCUUGCGAAGCAAUGAUCAAUCCCCCAACCUCAUUGAAGAGGGUAGCCUGUUUGAUCCUAAUUCAGGCAGCAAAUGGUUUGAGGAGCAACGAGUUAGAGAAGUAUCUGCUAGGAGUGGAAGAGGGAAGCACACAACUCGGAACGUGUCUUUGCUACCAUUGGCGGGAGGUGGAUAUCUUGCUGAUACCCCAGGGUUCAGCCAACCUAGUCUAAUAAAAGUAACAAAACACACUCUUUCACAGGCUCUUCCUUCUGUUUCCCUCAUUUACCUAGCUACCAUCAAUUCUUUUUGUCUUCGUACUCAUCUUGGUCAAUUGUAUAACAGGAACAAGGUGGGAGAUAUGGGGGUCACACUAGCUGAGCCAAGGUUGGAGCCAAAGAAGCACAGGAGGCAAUCUCGCAAGAAAACGAACCAGUCUCUAUUAGACGAGUUGGACGAGCUGGAUGAUGAUGACGAUGUUUACUUGGAAGAUAAUCCUAUCAUCCGUGCCAUGGAGCAAGAAAAUCAGUAGGACUGCAACUAGACGAGCAUCGUUUGGAUAGCUAAGCUAGAUGAUGAUGAUUACAUCUUACUUUGUUUUAGAUCAUUUUGACUCUUCAGGAUAGUGAAUAAGGGGGAAAAGGUUUAGAACCCUCUUUUUUGUUUCCUUCUUGUAAAUAAUGAGCCCAAAAGCAAAAUGCCUGUAUUAGCUGUAUAUAUGAAACUUUGGGGUCAUUUUAGUUUUAACUAAUGCUGUUGAGAAGAUAUGUAUAAUCAAUCUCUAAUGACUGGAAUAAACACGACUUUUUCA